AAAUCGUGGGUAUUACGCCUUGGAGCAGAGCCAUGACAGCGCUAAUCACAAACAGCAAGGGGAGCCGCCACAACAGCGACAACGAUCAUCACAAUCUCGAGGCCGGAUUAAACUUAGACUGAGUAUUCAAAUACCCGGGGAAAGGUGAGGGCGUAUUGAGGUCCAUUCACGAGGAAUACUUCCCACAGAGCAAGAAACAAUAAAUGCAAGAAGAGUCAUUUCAGAAUAAGAAUCAUUAACAACAUACCACAUAGUACAGUCCCCAAGAGUGCGAGAAACAUCGAUGGUUGAAAUAACAAGAAGUUAUUCAAAACAUGAGUCGCUCCCGUAAAAACUACCAGCGAAGUGAUAGCUCACUAGAGGAAGAAGAAUUGAUCAGAAGUUUUGAGUCGAUUACUAAGGUCUUUAGCGAGGCAUGGAACACAAAGAAGCCGCCGAUGGCAAGUAAGGAUAAUAGCCUGAGCAGAUCUGAGGAUGCAGAUAGCCUGGAUGAGGAAGUAAGGAGGAUUAUGUCACCCGAGAAGAAGCCUGAGAAAACAGGCGAGACACAAGAUAAGGGGAAUAAAAAGGGUAAGGAUGACAAAGGUGAUGGUGGCAGAGAUAGCAAAGACGAGGGGAGCAAUGAGAAGAAUGUGAAAAACGGAGUGAGAGAGAACCCUGACAGAGAUGAUAAAGAGGAAACAGGUGUUGAUGAUGAGAGGUCUUUGGAUGGUGAGCAGAAAGAGAAAGGGAUGGGCAGUAUAGUGAGCAGUACGCUUGAUGAUAUGGGUAGCAGUGUGGCGAAGGAUAGCGAUGAAGAAAAGAGAAAAUCAGAUGAUGAUGAAAAUAAAGAGGGAGGCGUGCGAUCAAAGCGUGUUGACCAAGAUCAGGAGAAAGCCAAAGAGGAAGGUAAAGCGGAAAAGGAAGCUGAAAGGAAUGACAGCAGUGAAGAUGAGAAUAAGGACUCGGACGCUAAGGCAGCACAAACAAAAGAAGUAGAAGAAGAGGAAGUAAGAAGUAACCGGGGUAAUUUAGACGAGCAAUCCACAGAAGCAAACGGUAAUAAUACAGACACGCAUAGUGAUGAUUCAGAGAAAGACAGUGACGAUGAUGAGAAAUCAGCAGACACCAAAAAUGACGAGAUAUCUGACUCUGAUAAAUCUGAUACUGAGAAAGACGCGGACUCAGAUUCCGAGAAUGAUGGAAGCGGUACCUCAGAGUCUGAAUAUCUGUCUAGCGAGGAGAGUGACGAAGACGUAAACGAGGAAUUUGAUUUGGAAAAAUACAUCCGCAAACUGGAACGAGGAACUUCGUCAUCAGAAGACGACGCAUCAUCGGUCACCUCAGAGAAGCUGAUAAAUAGAGCUGUUCUGAGGGCGACGAAAAACUUCCGACGCGCCAAUGUCGAUACAGUCAAACAGAAUUCCGACAGCGAAUCCUCAGACUCCGAGCCCGAAGUUGAGCCAAAGCCGAAAAAAGAGAAACCCCCGAAGAAGGAACAGUCGGGUAGCGAACAAUCCUCGGGAUCGUCAAGCGAGGAGACAGAUAGCUUUCUCGACUUUACCGACGAUGAAUCGAUCUCCUCCGACGACACAUCAGUUGUCAGCGAUGAGUUUAAUGAAGAUGAACGGGUGAACGGGUCCCAGAGCGAGCACACAGUAUCACCUUUUGAUAUUAUAUGCAUGCACUACAUGGGAGGGGCAAGGAAGGAAGAAAAACCUGUCAAGAUCGAGCUCCAAGAUUACGAGUUGGGCCAUGUCCAUCAAUUGGACACAUCGCUAGGGGCAUCCCGAGUCAUGGACCUCAGGUGGCCUUUCACCAACUACUACGUCAAAGAAAUCGAUGAUCUGUCGAGUUUCGACAAGGACGCCGAUGAGCCAACGAACACGGACGAGCUGAACCCUAACGUGUUGCCUUGCUAUAAGUCAUUCGAGUCGUCAGCACUGGUCCCUAGUCGACGUAGGAGCGUGAUGUCUGGACGGGUGUGGUGGGUAGAGUGGUGGGCUAAUACCAGCAGAACUGACACGCCCAAUGAAACCAAUACAUGAGAGAACACACUGAAGGCAGGGGCUCAUAAGUAGGGGCAAUCAACUUCCCAACAUUCUGGUACUAUAUAAGUGUCACGGCGCUUCCUAGGAUCAGGCUAUUUUUAGACGCGCGGAUUAGCCAAUCAGAUUCGACUUUUGU